AUGCCAGGCAAACAAAGUUCUGACCGCUCGUCAACUUCAUCAGCGCCGACACGACGACCACCAACAUCACUGAUUGUGUCACAAGUCGCGGUAACAGAAAGUGAAGCUUCUCUACGGAAUGAUUUGAGCAGAAAUUAUCCUGACGUCAAAGAUGUCUAUCGAAAUUUCGACAAAGAUGGCCAUGAAUUAAAUUCGAUCCGAGUCGACUUUUCUUCCACUCAUUCAGUAUCGAAUAUAUUAUACGACCAGCGAAUUUACAUUCACGAUCAAGCACAUUACAUUCGUCCUUAUUGGCCAAUAGUGUGCUACAAAUGCCGUACUGAGGGACAUAUCGCUACUGAGUGUCCAAAGCAAUCAGUAUCCCAACAACGUUUGGAUGAAUUGUUAAACGAACAAAACCAUACCUUCCAAACAAUGAUAGCUAAUUUCGAAACUCGAUGGAACGAACGAAUCACAGGUUUGAAGCCUCAAAAGCAGGCUGAGAUGAGUCAAUUGACAUCGAUUCUUAAUGAUGCUUCCAAACUUUGCCAACAAAUAAAUCAAUAUAACAGUCAAGUACAAACACAACUGUCCUCAAUUGUAUCCCGUGUGCAAGAUUUGCAAAAGACAGUUAACAACCAGUAG